AUGGACGGAGGAUGGACGGCAAUUCAGAAACGCGUAAACGGAUCCCUGAGUUUUGACAGGAGCUGGACGGAAUAUAAGAAUGGUUUUGGUUCACCUGAACAGGACGUCUGGGUUGGAAAUGACAUAAUCCAUCAGUUAACAAAAGAAAACAACUCAUUUCUCUAUGCUGCCAUCACUCUCCACAAUGGUACAAGGCUGUAUGAGUUGUACGGUCGCUUCUCUGUCUCCGAUGAAACAGAAAAAUAUCAACUCUUUCUUGCAGGACCGGCCACGGGAACCUUAGGUGACAGCAUGUUAAACUCGGGGAAUUCUUACGAUGAUCUGUCUGGGAUGUACUUCAGUACACCAGACAGGGAUAACGACAGAUUUAUAUCUAACUGUGCUGUUAAAUAUGGAGGAGGAGGAGGGUGGUGGUUUAACUCCUGUAGCCGAGCCUUCCUUAACGGUCCCUGGUCCUCGACAGACUGGAAGAGACCUUGGUAUCCUACAGUAGAGAGAGGGACAAAUGUGAGGAAGACCACGAUGUUAAUAAAACGUCACUAG